AUGAUCAAUGAGUUUUAUAGUUCACAAAAUUGCAGUUUAGAAAAACAAUUCCAAACAAUGAAAGCUUCUAACAGUAAAAAGGUGAACAAUCUUUUAAUUCAAAAUCAAAUUCUGAAAGAAAACCAAACAACUCUGACAAAUCAAAAUGGUGAAUUCAAUACCAAAGCACUCAACGCUAUUAAAGACUUCCGAGCUUCUCACCCUGGUCUGCUGUUCUUAAAAGCUGACAAAGGUAAUGCAACUGUUUGUAUUACUCGUAAUGACUACAGAACGAAAAUGUCACCACAACUAUCAGAGAAAAACACGUAUAAAAUUGUCAAACAUGACCUUACUUACACAUUACAACAACGGGUUAACACACUAAUUAAUAGUUGGCAACAAAAAAAUUCAAUCACCAGACAAGUCAAACGUAGUAUCUACACCAACAACAGUGUGCCACCUAGAGCUUAUGGCUUACCUAAAAUUUACAAAACUGAUGUUCCGGUGGGAGUUAUGGUGUCAUUCUUAAAUAGUCCAACUUACAAAUUAGCCAUAACUUUAAACUCAUGGAUAAAACUGGGCCUAAAAAGAGCACCUUCACAUGUAAAAAACAGCUUUAAUAUGGUCAACUCCAUCAAUGGAUUCAAAUUACCACCAGAUUACAUUUUAGUUUCCCUAGAUGUAAUAUCUCUCUACACUAAUAUACCGCUGAACUUGGUUACCAAUUUUAUAAAAAAACGUUGGAGUGAACUAUCACCGAACAUCCUUGUACCACUUGAACAAUUUCUUUUAGCUUUAAACAUCUGUUUUGAUGCUUCGAUUUUCAAAUUCGACGAUAAGGUAUUUUCUCAAAUUUUUGGAUUACCAAUGGGCUCUUCCCUAUUCCCAAUACUAGCUGACAUGAUCACGGAUGACCUUGAAGACCACGGCACAACAAAACUGCCUUUCUCGGUACCGUUUUAUUUUAGAUAUGUCGACGACAUAUUAACAGCCGUUCCUAAAGAUUACAUCCCACAACUAUUAAAAAUAUUCAAUAGCUUUCAUCCAAGAUUACAAUUCACCAUAGAAAUUGAACUUAACAACAAAAUUAACUUCUUGGAUGUAACAAUCAUCAACAACUCAUACAUCAUAGAAACCGAUUGGUUCCAUAAAAUCACGUGGUCCGAACGAUAUUUGAACUUCUAUUCACAUCAUCCCAGAUCGUACAAAAUCGGGACAAUAAUUAAUUUAGCUGAUAGGGGAAUAAGAUUAGCCAACAGCUGUUAUCACGAAAAAAAUCUCAAAUUAAUCAGAGAUGUCUUAAUUAAGAUUGAUUAUCCGCCGGGCCUCUUACAUAGAAUCAUCAACCAAAGGUACAAAAAAAUCUGUGAACAAGACAACAAUAACUCCUUAAACCCAACAUAUAAAGAAAACUUGACCUUUAUUUCUAUUCCAUAUGUUAAAGGUUUGUUUGAAUCACUAAACAGAACGUUUAAAAAAUAUAACGUACAAUUUGUAGGAGAAAAUGUCGACGACUUAAGCUUGUUUUUUGAUACAGGGAAAGAUAAAUUACCACUGGAAAAACAAUCAAACUUAGUACAUAAAAUCUGUUGCAAGGACUGCAAUAAGCUGUACAUUGGGCAAACUAGUCGUUGCUUAAAUGUAAGAAUCAAUAAACACAAAAACAACUUCAAAGAUUCAGAGGACCGUUAUACAGCUUUAACAAAACAUGCAAUGUCCUUAAACCACCAAUUUGACUUUGAUAAUGCUAAGAUAUUACAUAAAGAACCUCGAUAUUAUAAUAGACUAGUGUUAGAAAUGUGUAACAUCGCCAAUCACUCCGAUGCUGUCAAUCAUAGACAAGACAUCGAAAAUUUAAGCGAAAUUUAUAUUAAAUUAAUCAAGGAUAUGAAGGCGUAG